GUCCGCGGAACACCUCUCAUUCGCAAAGUUGCGCGCUUCCCAACAGCAACUCAUCGUACGCAAACCAUGUCCACUUCUCCCUCGAAGAAGGCCAAGACGGAAACCACGUUCGUGGACGUCCCGUCCAACAGCGACUUCCCCAUCCAAAACUUGCCCUACGGUAUCUUCUCCACGCGCGAAGACCCUGAAAACAAGCGUGUUGGUGUGGCCAUCGGCAACCUUGUCUUGGACUUGAGCGUCCUCGCCGCCGAAGGACAUUUCACGUUCGAUGCGUCGUUCUUUUCCGAACCCACGUUGAAUUCGUUCAUGGCAGCCGGCAAGACCACUUGGGACGCUGCCCGCGCCACUAUCAAGCGACUCCUUUCGGCCGAAGAACCUACGUUGCGUGACGACGUCGACCUCCAAAACCGCGCGUUGAUCAACCAGUCGGAUGUGCUCUUGCACUUGCCUGCCCGCAUCGGUGACUACACCGACUUUUAUUCGUCGCGCGAACAUGCCACCAACGUGGGCAUCAUGUUCCGUGGCAAGGAUAACGCGUUGCAACCCAACUGGCUGCAUUUGCCUGUGGGUUACCACGGCCGCGCCUCCACGGUGGUUGUGAGCGGCACGGACAUUCGCCGCCCUCGCGGUCAAUUGCAAGCCGACAACAAGGACCCUUCCAAGGGUUCCGUGUUUGGACCUAGCCGUUUGUUGGACAUUGAAUUGGAAAUUGGAUUUUUCACUGGUCCGGCCAACAACCUCGGCGAUCCCAUUGACAUCAACGACGCGGAAAAGCACAUUUUCGGUGUCGUGCUGAUGAACGACUGGAGUGCUCGCGACAUUCAAAAGUGGGAAUACGUGCCGUUGGGCCCGUUUGGCGCCAAGAACUUUGGCACGACCAUCUCGCCGUGGGUUGUGACGCUGGCGGCGUUGGAACCUUUCCGCACCGAACCGAGCUUUGGGCCUGUGCAGGACCCCGCGCCGUUGCCGUACUUGCUGGACGCCAACUAUGGCAAGGGCACGUACGACAUUGCAUUGGAAGUGGACCUCAAGCCCGAAAACGGCGACUACGCCGUGAUCAGCAAGAGCAACUACCGAUACAUGUACUGGAACAUGAAGCAGCAGCUGGUACACCAUACGAUCACGGGGUGCUCGAUGAACCCCGGCGACUUGCUUGGCAGUGGCACCAUCUCGGGCAAGACCGAAGACAGCUUUGGGUCAAUGCUCGAGUUGAGCUGGCAAGGCACCAAGGAGAUUGCGAUCGCCAACGGCGAAACGCGCAAGUUCCUCAAGGACGGCGACACGAUCAAUAUCCGCGGGUUCGCGCAAGGCAACGGCUACCGCAUCGGGUUUGGCGACUGCCUCGGCAAGAUCAUCCCUGCCCACCUCUAAAGAGAAGAUCAUUUUCUGUUUAUAAUUUCAUACAACCACCCCCUUUCUGUCGA